UAAGCACUUCGCGCCUCGCUGUCAGCAGGACAGCCUAGGAUCGGCGGUAACCAAGCCACAGUACUGGUUAUUUCCGUGAUGCCACUUUCACUUUCGGCAUUCACUGAGCUCAGCUACACCCGCUUGGUUCCGCGGAACAGCGCUGCGCUCGGAUGCCAGUCACGGCGGCGCAGGCCCCGCCCCUCGGCGUGCGUGCUCCCGCCGCUCCCGGUGACGCGACGCGGGAGGCUACGGGGUGGUGUUUUGGCGGUACGGCUGCGGGAAAGGAGCGGAGCUACUGGGAAGCUGCUGCCGGGAAGCCGCGACUGCGUUGCUGGCGCCGCCUCGCCGCGGUGGCCGUGAUGCGCUCCGCUCGCGGGUCUGCGCUGCCGGGAACCCCGACCGCCGAGUCGGACGCUGCCGAGCAGACUGGAAUUCCUGUGCCAUGAAGGGUUUUGAAGAUAGGCUUUCUUGAUAUAUCCAGAAGAGGAUUGGAUGCCGGAAACUGGAGAUAUCAGUCAAAGGAGGGCUCUGGCACCGGGAGGCCUUCUGUAAUGGUGUGUGAGGACUGACUCCCAGGGCCUCGCCUGACCUCUGACCUGCCAGCAUGGGGAGGAUUGGCAUCUCCUGUCUUUUUCCGGCUUCCUGGCAUUUCAGCAUCUCUCCAGUGGGGUGUCCCCGAAUUCUGAACACCAACUUACGCCAAAUUAUCGUCAUUAGCAUUCUGGCUGCUGCUGUUUCACUUUUAUACUUUUCUGUUGUCAUAAUCCGAAAUAAGUAUGGGCGGCUCUCCAGAGAUAAGAAGUUUCAAAGGUACUUGGCACGAGUUACUGACAUUGAAGCUACAGACACCAAUAACCCCAAUGUGAACUAUGGUAUCGUGGUGGACUGUGGUAGCAGCGGGUCUCGGAUAUUUGUCUAUUGCUGGCCAAGGCAUAAUGGCAAUCCUCAUGAUCUGUUGGAUAUCAGGCAAAUGCGGGAUAAAAACCGAAAACCUGUGGUUAUGAAAAUAAAACCCGGCAUUUCAGAGUUUGCUACCUCUCCAGAGAAAGUCAGUGAUUACAUUUCUCCACUCUUGAACUUCGCUGCAGAGCAUGUACCACGGGCAAAACACAAAGAGACCCCUCUCUACAUUCUCUGCACAGCUGGAAUGAGAAUCCUCCCCGAAAGUCAACAGAAAGCCAUUCUAGAAGACCUUCUGACUGACAUCCCCGUGCACUUCGACUUUCUGUUUUCUGACUCUCAUGCAGAAGUAAUUUCAGGGAAACAAGAAGGUGUGUAUGCUUGGAUUGGCAUUAAUUUUGUCCUUGGACGAUUCGAGCAUAUUGAAGAUGAUGAUGAGGCAGUUGUGGAAGUUAACAUCCCUGGUAGCGAAAGCAGCAAAGCCAUUCUCCGUAAAAGAACAGCCGGUAUUCUCGACAUGGGAGGUGUCUCAACCCAGAUAGCAUACGAAGUCCCCAAAACUGUAAGCUUUGCCUCCUCACAGCAGGAAGAAGUAGCUAAGAACUUAUUGGCCGAAUUUAACUUGGGAUGUGACGUUCACCAAACUGAGCACGUGUACCGCGUCUACGUGGCCACGUUUCUUGGGUUUGGUGGCAAUGCUGCUCGACAGAGAUAUGAGGACAGAAUAUUUGCCAGCACGGUUCAAAAGAACAGGCUCCUGGGGAAACAGACUGGGCUGACUCCUGAUACUCCGUACCUGGACCCCUGCCUACCCCUGGACAUUAAAGAUGAAAUCCAGCAGAAUGGACAGACACUGUACCUGCGGGGGACGGGAGACUUUGACCUGUGCCGAGAGACCAUCCAGCCUUUCAUGAACAAAACAAACGAGACGCAGACCUCCCUCAAUGGGGUCUACCAGCCCCCGAUUCACUUCCAGAACAGUGAAUUCUACGGCUUUUCUGAAUUCUACUACUGCACUGAGGAUGUGCUACGGAUGGGGGGAGACUACAGCGCUGCCGCGUUUACGAGAGCUGCGAAGGAUUAUUGCGCAACGAAGUGGUCGAUCUUGCGGGAACGCUUUGACCGAGGACUGUAUGCUUCUCACGCCGACCUCCACAGGCUCAAGUAUCAGUGCUUCAAAUCUGCCUGGAUGUUUGAGGUGUUCCACAGGGGCUUCUCAUUUCCCGUCAACUACAAAAAUUUAAAGACAGCUUUGCAAGUUUACGACAAGGAGGUUCAGUGGACCCUUGGAGCAAUCCUCUACAGGACCCGCUUCUUACCCUUAAGGGGGGUUUGCGGUGCUCUCACUGGCCUGGGAGCAGGGAAGUGAACGUCAUCUCUGUCCGAGACAGACUGUCUUCUUACGGAAAGUCAUCAAAGACACAGGAGCACCCUUUGCAAAGGCCAACGUGCAGACUGGGGAUUUGCCCGGAGCUGAGCGUCGCACCGAGGAAACGCUACACCCCGAAGGGUCCUCCCAGCCCCAUCUCGUCUGGGAGCCUGAUGGCCUCAGCCUGUGAUCUGCUGCCUCUUAACAAAGGAGAGUUGAUUGAUCUGUUGCGUUUUCCUUUGUCCUCAGCAAGCUUAGCUCCCCCUCCUGCUUUCUGUUAACACUUCUAUUGAGGCUGAAGAGCUUGCUUGGCCUUCCGUCUCCGCCAUUACCCUUGAUCCCGUUUGGCAGGUGGAUUGCAUCUGGGCUCCAGACUUCACGGCCACUUAACCAUUUCUGUCAACAGCCCCGCUGUGUGUCAGAGAUCCAAACAAGAAGCCCAAACAAGAAAGGCCGGCCUUAAGAGUUCCACCCUGAGAAAACUGCUGAAAGCUUCUCACAGAACGUGGUGGUGAUGAGCACAGAAGACAGGCUUCUUGUAUAAACACAGAAACUCAACUCAAGGGAGGGAAAAGGAGAUUUUUUUUCUCCUGAAAAAAGGAGAAGCGGGAAAAGCUGGUCUGUGGCCAGGUCACCAGAAGACAGAGUGCAUUCCUAAUUCCCAGUGUGGGACGUACUCUUUCACUGUAUUAUUUCUGUAAAAGUCCCAGGCUGGCUCUUCUCGCUGUCCUCCCAGGUUUAUAAUUGGUAAUUUUGAUACCACCUUCCACCCUUUUCCUGAUAAUCGGAGUUUGAAGUGGGCCGUUUGGGAAGGGUUAAUCAUCCUCUUCCUGCCUGUGAUUGCACAUGACUUAAACUCCAGGAAUCAGACUCAGCACUUUCUCCUCUUACGAGUCCAUCUUCUCCACCUGGCACAGGCUUGAUUUAUUACCUAGAUUUUCAAUUCAAAAAGAUUGAGACACUUCAACGUUCAAUGGGCUCCACCCAGCCUUGUAAAGUUCUUUAUCUGGGUCAUGGCAGCAAAACAGAAUUUUCUGGAAGUUUCUGGCCAUUCUCCAUAACGUUCAAAUUACAUUUUAAAAUCCUCUUUCAGCCUUCUGUGGCCCUGUUGUCCAUCGGUCUGUCUGUUCCAUCCCUGAAUCCCUUUGAACAUGGAUCAUGACAUUUAUAGCUAAUCCAACAAAGAAGACACCACAUAGCGCACAGUGUUUCAUAAAUAUCUGUUGUCUAAUAAAAAAAGCUAGUUGCUUUGUCAAGUCACUAACUCUUUAGGUCCCUAGGGUUUGGGAAACACAUAUUUUACAAAUCUUUUAUUCUCAAUCUUCUCUCUUCUUUCCAGAUGGCAGAGUUCUGUGCCGAUUUAAAACCACGUGCGGUGUGGUGUGAAGGGUGGGUGGAAUCCCAGGCCUCUCUCUUUCUUCCCUCUCACCAUAAAGUUUGUUAAGGGAGUGAAGCAUUUUAAAGCUUUAUGUAGAAAAACUUAGGAGAACCAAAUUUACUUCAAGUGGUUUCCUUCUUAACCAUUUAGUCUGGGGAAAAAAAAGGAAAAAGAACCCCCCAAAUUGGGUAUUGAUGUGUAGAGGCAAAAUAAGAUGGGGAUUUUCUCCAAGCCCAGCUUGGAGGAAAUAAUCUCUGUAUAUGAUCUUAUUCUAAGCAUAGUUUCAGAAUUUUUUUUUCCUUCUAAAUCGUCCUAAAGUUAGUCACCUUUUAAACCCCACCCCCAAAAGCACCAAAUGCAAGGAGAGGGGAAGGAUGGAUUUAGCUGCAUCAAAAGUAACAAUUUCUGUUAACAGCCAUCACAGUCAAAGCUAACAGGUGGCAGACCAAGACGGUAUUUGCAGUGACUAAAACUGAAAAGGGAUUAAUAUAUGUUAUGCAAGGUUUCUUGUAAAUCAGCAAGAAAAAGGAAAUCCAAAAGAAAAAUGGGCUAUGGGGGGAGUUCCCUUGCGGUCCAGUGGUUAGGAAUAGGCUCUUUCACUGCCGGGGUCCCAGGUUCAAUCAAUCCCUGGUCAGGGAACUAAGAUCCCGCAAGCUAAGCAGUACAGCCAAAAAAAAAAAAAAAAAAACAAAAACAAAAAUGGUUUAUGGGUGAUCCACAGAAGGGUGAGCCUGAAUGACUCACAAGAAGGAAGAAACUGAAGGAGCCAGAGAUGUGCAAAUGGAAAUAAAGAGCUGCCACCUUGUGCCCCUGGAAUUGACAAACUUCAAGUGUCGGCAGUGACGUGGGGACAGUCGCUUCAGUAUUGCUGGUAGUGGUGGAAGCUACUUCAGGUGCUCUGGGAAGCAAGCUGGCAGCACUUUAAAGUUAGCUGUGCCCACAUCCAAGACCCAGCGUUCCCCAGAGACAUUUCUACCUGGGCCCAUGAGGGAACUCCAGGAGGAUGCUCUCAGCAGUGUUAUUUAAGUAAAAGGUGGCAGGUGUGUGCUGUGAGCACUGUGCAGCCGUUAGAAACAACUCGAGGUAAGUACAGCAGGGUGGAUGGAUCUUAAAGACAGUGCUGAAUACUGAAGAAAGAUACGAGAUUGGUAGCAUAAUGCCAUUUAUGGAAAUGGGAGGCCCACAACACUAUAUGUCUUACGAGGGUGUGCAUGUUUCGACUUACACAUUGAAAUGGAUGUGAUGGGGGACACAGAUGGGCUAUGAAAGGAGGACAACAGAUAAAACUGGUCUCCUUGUGAGGCAAGACUAUACAAUGGAGGAAAGACUGUCUCUUCAAUAAAUGGUGCUGGGAAAACUGGACAGCUACAUGUAAAAAAAAAUGAAAUUAGAACAUUCUUUAACACCAUACACAAAAAUAAAAUCAAGAUGGAUUAAAGACCUAAAUGUAAGACCGGAUACUAUAAAAACUCUUAGAGGAAAACAUAGGCAGAACACUCUUUGACAUAAAUUGCAGCAAUAUCUUUUUCGAUCCAUCUCCUAGAGUAAUGGAAAUUAAAACAAAAAUAAACAAAUGGUACCUAAUUAAACUCAAAAAACUUUUGCACAGCAAAGGAAACCAUAAACAAAACUGAAAGACAACCCACAGAAUGGGAGAAAAUAUUUGCAAACAAUGAGACUGACAAGGGAUUAAUCCCCCAAAUUUACAAACAGCUCAUGUGGCUCAUUAUCAAAGAAAAACAAACAACCCAAUCAAAAAAUGGUUACCAGGGGGAAGGGUGGAGGGGAGGGAUAGUUAGGGAGUUUGGGAUUGACGUGUAUACACUGCUAUAUUUAAAAUG